AUGAAAAGUAAGGAAAUGGAUGCUCCUCCACUUAGUGAGGAUGAAUUAAAUGAAAUUUACAAUUGGGUUGAUACUGUACCAUUGUCGAGACCCAAAAAACACAUAGGUAGAGAUUUUGCCGAUGGAGUUUUAAUUGCAGAAAUAAUUUAACACUAUGUUCCUUCAAUAAUAGAUAUACACAAUUAUAGUAUGGCUCACUCUGUUUAAUAAAAAUAAUAUAAUUGGAAUACAUUGAAUGCCAAGGUGUUUAGAAAGAUGGGUUUCCAAAUUACUCAGAAAGAUAUCGAUGCAGUUAUUUAGGUAAUCCCUGAAGCAAUAGAAAGAAUCUUAAAAGUGAUAUAAGUGAAAUUAGAUAUGUUUUUGGAACACUAAGAAUAAAAUUAAGUGUAAAAAUAUGAUAAGCCAAAUGAAGUCUAAAAAAAUUAAAAUUAAGUGAACAACCCAAAGCCAGGAGUAAACAAUAAAUAGAAUGAUAAGGAUUUAGUUAUUUAAGAUUAAAAAGAAACAAUAGAAAUACUUGAACUUAAAAUAUAGAAACUAGAAUAAUUAGUGAAAUUAAAAGACAGUAAAAUACAAUAGUUAACUUAAAAACUAUAAUAAGCAGGAAUAAAAUGA